GAGCCCUGCCUACUGUCUCUCACUCCACCCCUCCCUCCGCCUGCCCGCUCACACACACUGCUGCCAGCGGUGUGGCAUCGCCUCCCCGUCAGUAGUGGCAUCGUUUUUGGCGACAGCGGUGAGAUAGGUCGGUGUCUUUUUUGGUCGGAUCGUCUGGUGGCAGUGGCGAGGCCGUUUUUGGUUCGUAGCGGCGGUGCUGUUUUCGGAUGUCUGCGGCGUCUCCCGUGGUUCUGAUUCGCUGGGACGACGACGACGCCGCGGCGGGGCACGAGGAGUCGCCAUGGGGCUUAUGGAAUUCGCCCUGGAGAUUGACCCCGUCACGCUGAACCUCAUCAUCCUCAUCGGCAGCUACGUGACGCUGCUCGUGGUCUUCCUCAUCUCCUGCAUCCUGUACGACUGCCGCGGAAAAGACCCAAGCAAGGAGUACCAGACCGAACCGGCCCCCGUCGCCCCGACCCAGUCGCCCAUCCGCCUGGUGGUCAUGCAGAACUCCCCCGCCUCCACGCGCUACGAGCAGCACAACAACAAGGCAGCCAACUACCUGCCCCACAGCACGGACAUGAGGGAGAAGAGGAGCACCCUGGUCUGAGUGGGUCUGAGUGGCGAUGCGACGGGCACAUGAUAUACAGAUCAGAUAAAGACAGAUAAAAGCGCAGACAUGAGGGAGAAGAGGAGCACCCUGGUCUGAGUGGCGAUGCGCUGGGCACAUGAUAUAGAGAUCAGAUAAAGACAGAUAAAAGCACCGACAUGAAGAAGAGGAUCACCCUGGUCUGAGAGGGUCUGAGUGGGGAUGCGCCAGGCACAUGAUAUAAAGAUCAGAUAAAGACACAGGCAUGAGGGGGAAGAGGAGCACCCUGGUCUGAGAGGCGAUGCGCUGGGCACAUGAUAUAGAGAUCAGAGAUCGCUGGGCACAUGGUGCCAUGGUGUUUAACUACAUGGUGACUCGUCUCUCUGCAUGUACCCUCUUCUGUACAGACAACAAGGGGGCCUGAAAUGAACAGGUGCUAGAGGCCUCAGUGGACACAGGAGCAGCUCUAUGACGGAGUCCCUGUGCUGAUGAGGGGACCCCUCGCUGGAGAUGGACUACACUCACUGAGGGGUCUGGUGUUGAUGAGGGGACCUCUCGCUGGAGAUGUGUUGAUGAGGGGACCUCUCGCUGGAGAUGUGCUGAUGAGGGGACCUCUCGCUGGAGAUGGACUACAGGCACUGUGGGGUCUGGUGCUGAUGGCACAGACACACACACACACACACUCACUGAGGGGUCCUGUGCUGAUGAGGGGACCUCUCGCUGGAGAUGUGCUGAUGAGGGGACCUUUCGCUGGAGAUGCGUUGAUGAGGGGACCCCUCGCUGGAGAUGUGCUGAUGAGGGGACCUCUCGCUGGAGAUGCACUACAGGGACUAAAUGGACUGAGGGGUCCUGUGCUGAUGAGGGGACCUCUCGCUGGAGAUGUGCUGAUGAGGGGACCUCGCGCUGGAGAUGUGUUGAUGAGGGGACCCCUCGCUGGAGAUGUGUUGAUGAGGGGACCUCUCGCUGGAGAUGUGCUGAUGAGGGGACCUCUCAAUGGAGAUGGACUACAGGCACUGAGGGGUCCUGUGCUGAUGGCACAGACACACACACACUCACUGAGGGUUCUGGUGCUGAUGGCACAGACACACACACACACACACUCACUGUGGGGUCUGGUGCUGAUGGCACAGACACACACACACACACACUCACUGUGGGGUCUGGUGCUAAUGGUACAGACAUGGCUGACUUGCUUUCAAGACCAGCUGAAUAAAGAGGCGCAUGAGGGCUGCCGCUCACAGGAGUCACUGCGGUUUCAGUCUGACUCUAGGAGCAAUGGAGACACUCACACACACACACACACACACACACACACACACACACACACACACACACACACACACACACACACAAUGGAGAAGUGACGCUUGGUCAAACUGAGACAAGGGAUAGAUAUGGGUUUCAGCAGCCUGUCUGAACAUCAACAUGGUCUCGUCUUGUCUCGUCCCGCCCCGCACCGUCUCGUCUCGAUGUGCAGACUCUGGUGUGUUUCACAGCAUUCUGCAAGGUUUUGCACAGAAAUGUUGACAACCAGUCCGAACUUGAUUUUUAUGCCUGGUUAAUUAAUGUGGACAUGCACGAUAGGACUUGAACUUAUUUCUUAUAAUACUCAGACUCAUCGCCAAUGAACUAUCAAAUCUGUCACUCAACCCCAGUCCUAACAUGGCCAUCCAUGUCUGCAGUUUUGUCAUCAUCUCAGGUUUUUGUUUUUUUCUCACAUCUAUCCAGGACUAGCCCUGACAAGACUCACAUAAGGAGGCUCGUCCGGCAGCCAUUUUGGAAGACAGGGGCAUUCUGGGUGACGAGAUGCUAAGGAAUGACUCACACAACCCCAUCCGUGUAUUUCACCAUAACAUCAUUCAAAUAUGUAAAUCUGUAAAAAAAUAAUAAUGAAUAUAAUUUUAGAAGAUAUAAUGUUCUGUUGAGACGCUGUAGGAGCCUGUAUGAGCAUAUAUACACACAUAUAUACACACAAUAUAUACACACAUAUAUCUAACCGGAGGAAGGGAGAGAAUAAAGGCUGGUAAG